UCACCGUGAUGUGAGAGGAAUGCAGCGGAUCGCUGAAUUAGCUCCUGUUGGAAUGUAUUCAUGUGUGACAUCCCACUGACUGGAUGACAUCACAACGGCUUCAGGUCCUUGAAAGUCUUGAGGAUGAUUAGCUGAAAGAAUUGGCCGUUUCUGCCAAUCAUAACCCAGCAAAGCUGCCUUUAUAGUUCUGGAGACACGAGAGAGAGGAAGGAGGGAAAGACCGACUACAGCUACACAAGAGAAGCAGCGGCAGUAGCAACAGCAGAGCAGGAGCAGCUGGUAUUCCGGUGAUUAAAUAGUUCUCAUUGCCUUUUUGCUGUACUCGGUCUGCUCCCUGGUGUAAUUCUCGUGUCCAAGAAGGAAGCUGCAUUUUAACGGUGUGCUGAACAGAGGUUUGAAUCAUCCCAGCUGGCUGCUUGUUUUGAAAAGGACAAUGUGUGUAUAAAUAAAAAGACUCUGCUGGAAGAGUUCAGAUACUAGGACUGGAGCUAGAGAGUGCUCUUGGAAUACUGUUCAGGCAGAUUGCAUGAACUGAAAGCUCCUUCUAAUUAACCUGGAGCCAAGUGAACCUGAAUACCGGAUAUCUCAUUUUCUAACUCGGGAUAAAUUCAAGUUAGGAAAAGAAAAAAAAUUGAAAUGCUUCUCUAGAUUAUGCUUAGAGGAUUCUGCAGCAAUUCUUGGUAUCGGACAUACUCAAAAUCUCUUCAGCUUAUGCCCUCCUGGUCAAUUGCCUUCCAGCUUUAACUCCUUUGUGAUCCCUUCAGACAUUUUACAUGCUUUGCAAUGGUUACAUGAACUUCUGGGAAGUUAUGUUUACAUCAUCUCAUACCUUAUUCAUUAUGGCACUUUAGAAAAAGAAAUUGGAAAAAAAACUUCCAAAGCAUUAUUUUAAAAAAUGAAUCUUAUUGUGAAACUUCGGAGAAGUUUUCGAACACUGAUCGUUCUCUUAGCUACCUUUUGCUUGGUGAGCAUGGUCAUUUCUGCCUACUUCCUCUAUUCUGGCUACAAACAGGAAAUGACCCUCAUUGAAACCACUGCAGAAGCAGAGUGUGCUGAUGUCAAAAUUCUACCCUAUCGGUCAAUGGAGCUGAAAACAGUUAAACCUAUUGAUACAUCCAAAACUGACCCUACUGUCCUACUCUUUGUGGAGAGCCAAUACUCUCAACUUGGUCAAGACAUCGUAGCUAUUUUGGAGUCCAGCCGAUUUCGGUACCACAUGGUCAUCGCCCCCGGCAAGGGAGACAUACCUCCUCUCACAGAUAAUGGCAAAGGGAAGUAUACUUUAGUUAUUUAUGAAAAUAUUCUGAAGUAUGUCAGCAUGGACUCAUGGAAUCGAGAGCUUUUAGAAAAAUACUGUGUGGAAUACAGUGUUAGUAUCAUCGGUUUUCAUAAAGCCAAUGAGAACAGCUUACCAAGUACACAAUUAAAAGGAUUUCCAUUAAACCUCUUCAAUAAUCUAGCUCUGAAGGACUGUUUUGUCAACCCUCAGUCACGCUUGCUGCAUAUCACCAAAGCCCCCAAGGUUGAGAAAGGCCCUCUUCCUGGGGAAGACUGGACUAUUUUCCAAUAUAAUCAUUCGACCUACCAGCCUGUACUUUUAACUGAAUUACAGACAGAAAAAUCCCUUUCAUCUUUGUCUAGCAAAACACUUUUGGCGACAGUGAUUCAGGAUCUGGGGCUUCAUGAUGGAAUUCAGCGAGUUCUUUUUGGGAACAACUUGAACUUUUGGUUGCACAAACUCAUCUUCAUAGAUGCCAUCUCCUUCUUGUCAGGGAAGAGGCUGGCAUUGUCCUUGGACAGGUACAUCCUUGUGGACAUUGAUGAUAUAUUUGUGGGAAAGGAAGGAACAAGGAUGAAUGUCAAAGACGUGAAGGCAUUACUAGAGACUCAAAAUUUACUGCGCACUCAGGUUGCAAAUUUUACCUUCAACCUUGGAUUUUCAGGGAAGUUUUACCACACAGGUAAGAAGGACCUUUGUGUUCUCAGAGUUGACAGUUUACCCAAGGAACAUGGAAUCCCUAUCAACAUGGGCUAUGCCGUGGCCCCACACCACUCAGGGGUCUACCCGGUUCAUAUCCAGCUGUAUUCAGCUUGGAAGAAGGUCUGGGGUAUUCAGGUCACCAGCACCGAAGAGUAUCCACAUUUGAAACCUGCGCGGUACAGAAAGGGCUUCAUUCACAAUGGCAUCAUGGUCCUCCCUCGACAGACCUGUGGGUUAUUCACCCACACUAUUUUCUACAAAGAGUAUCCUGGCGGACCCCAAGAAUUGGAUAAAAGUAUCAGAGGAGGUGAACUUUUUCUCACAAUCCUUCUAAACCCAAUCAGCAUUUUCAUGACCCAUUUAUCAAACUAUGGGAAUGACCGCCUGGGUUUAUAUACCUUUGCGAACCUGGCCAACUUUGUGCAGAGCUGGACCAACCUAAAAUUGCAAACUUUGCCUCCGGUGCAGCUGGCCCACAAGUACUUCGAGCUCUUCCCUGAGCAGAAAGACCCUCUCUGGCAGAAUCCAUGUGAUGACAAACGCCACAAAGACAUCUGGUCCAGAGACAAAACUUGUGACCACUUACCAAAAUUCCUGGUAAUCGGGCCACAAAAAACAGGGACAACUGCACUUUAUUUAUUUCUUCUUAUGCACCCUUCCAUCAUCAGCAAUCUCCCCAGCCCAAAAACAUUUGAAGAAGUUCAAUUCUUUAAUGGCAACAACUAUCACAAGGGAAUUGACUGGUACAUGGACUUUUUCCCUACUCCAUCCAACAUUACAAGUGACUUCCUGUUUGAAAAGAGUGCUAAUUACUUCCAUUCAGAAGAAGCACCCAAGAGAGCCGCAUCUCUCGUUCCCAAAGCCAAGAUCAUCACCAUCCUCAUUGACCCCUCAGACAGGGCAUACUCUUGGUACCAGCACCAACGAUCACAUGAAGACCCAGCUGCCCUGAGGUUUAAUUUCUAUGAAGUUAUCACAACAGGACAUUGGGCCGCAUCUGACUUAAAAACUUUGCAGAGAAGAUGCCUAGUGCCUGGAUGGUACGCAGUCCACAUAGAAAGAUGGCUCGCUUACUUUGCCACUUCUCAGUUGCUAAUUAUUGAUGGACAGCAGCUGAGAUCUGACCCAGCUACUGUGAUGGAUGAAGUCCAGAAGUUUCUGGGAGUUACACCUCAUUAUAAUUACUCUGAAGCACUAACGUUCGAUCCCCAAAAGGGUUUUUGGUGUCAACUACUGGAAGGAGGAAAGACCAAAUGCCUUGGAAAAAGCAAAGGCCGAAAAUAUCCACCCAUGGAUCCAGAGUCUAGAACAUUCCUCUCUAAUUACUACCGCGAUCAUAAUGUGGAACUGUCCAAACUGCUGCACAGACUGGGGCAGCCUCUGCCAUCCUGGUUGAGGCAGGAGCUACAGAAAGUGAGAUAG